AUGUCCCGCGCAUCCAGCACCUCAUUUCCAACUCAAGCGCCUCCAUCAUCAAUUUUCUCACAAGGCACUGCCUCCACUGCGGCAACUUCGGAUGCACAGGUCCCAAUUCGCAAGCCUGCAGCUCCUGUUGCAGAAGCCCUCAUUGGCGACUUUGCAGAUGAUAUCGAUGAUACGUUGGAGCGCGAGGCCACUAUUGCACAAUGCAAGGGGAAAUCGAAGGUGGCCUCAAUAUUCGAAGAUAACAUGGACUUCAACGAGCCUAAUGCUCCACCAGCGUAUGAGUCGGAUGAUGAUUCUGUGACUUCAUUCACAGAACAGGAACGGUACUCGCAGGAGCCUCGGGCUCCAUUCACGCAGAUCGAAAAUCGCGGGACCCUCAAGCGAAAAGCUAGCGUGGAUGACGUCUUCAAUGACGACGAGGAGUCUAUGGUGUCUGACUGGUCCAUGGAUAUCGAAGGCCCCGAUUUUGAAGACAUGUUCGAGCCCGAGCCCGAGCCUCCAGUGGAGGUGAAGAAGGAGAAAGAUCCGCGCAAAACAUUUUUAACAUCAGUAUCGGUUGUGACUGCUGUCCCUGCCAGUGACAGCAAACCACCUGCUCCCAAAAAAAUCAAAGUCGAGGCAUCCGCUGCACGUGCCCACGGCACCAAACGCCAGCUCAACGUGGACACUGUGCCAGAUAACAUGAAACCUCGUAGUGUGUAUCGUAACGUUGAUUUACCUGCCACGUUGCAGGUAGAUCAACGCUGGGCAAAGAAAUAUCUUCCUACCGUUAUGUUAUGGGCCGGAAGUUAUGAAGACCUCUGGACUAUCCCAGACGACAUUCUUCUCCUUCAUGCGCAGCUAAUUUUCAAUGCAGUAUUCAAGGAGCUCAAUAUCACUAUUGUUCAUGGCAGCGUGAUUCAUUCCCUUACUGCGCACAACUUCGUCUCGACGGGCCUGGUCAUUAUCGUGGACUUUUUGUCACGAAACUCUGACUGCGAUUCUGUUCAACUUGCCACCCACCUUCUCGCAGACUAUGCAUUCCUAUUCGAGGACCCUGACAAGCCAAGCCCCCUCACGACGUACCGUUCUCCUUUUGUAUUACAGCUGUUGGGUACAGCGCAUCUUAACGCCAUUAGUGGGUAUGUUGACGUUCCUGACCUCGACACACACGCACUUGCGACAAGGGCCAUCAGGAUGUCGGGUGUUAUUGCCCUUUGUGCUGCAGCAAUCGAGCGUGCCCUGGGAAUGUUCGCGAACAAAAAUUUGAAAGUCAAGGAUAUAUUGGCGACCAGUUGCAGAGGUAAACUCGUCAUCAAACUACCCAAAGUCCUCAACAAGGUCACCGGGAAGAUGACCAAUGCCCCGUUUUUGUUUUCAGCGGCUCGCUGGGGCAAAGUCACUGCAUCUUUCAUCAAGUCUAUCUCGAGCAAGCCUGCUGGGUAUGUAGAGACCACAGUACAGAUGGCACGUUGUCCUGCAUGA